CCUACUUGACAGUUUUCUCUUUAUUUAUUGAGGAGUCGCUCUUACUUAUGGGACUCACCCAUAAUGGGCCAUAUCUAAUUUAUGGGCUAGCUCUCUUGUGAAAUCCUCAAACUCUUUCUUAAAUGGGGGAUCCAAAGAAACAAGAAAUUUUGAAAACCCAGAGAUUCACAUUGCGAGUUAAAUCAAGAUUCACUAAAAGAAAAUUUGAAAGACGGGACGGACUUGAAGUGAACUCAAGCAUGGCUUUGAGACAGUUGUGUGGAUUUUCUGAUGGGGAGGUGAUGAGAUCAGAUUGUAAGCCAUGUUCCAGAUUGAUGAGACAUACUGCUGGAAUCUUCUCAUUUGGAGGAGCAUUAGGCUUUUGGGUGUUGUGUCGUUUGCACUACGGUCCAAGAGUCAAUGUUCCCCGAAGUCUUAGAUGGGCAGCGUGUGGAGCAGUCUCUAUGAGUUGUACCACUGCAUUUCUGGUUCGCCUAUUUAGUCCAGAAUGUGAACCCCAAAACAUAUCUGCUUAUGACAAGAAAGGAUAAUACCGUUUGUUAACAUAUCUGCUUAUGGUUCGCAAGCUUUGAUGAUUGAUUAUUGUAUGAUGGCCGUUGGGAUGUCAUGCUUUAACAGGGUAUCCUAAAGCGCCCUGCUUGAUUGAUUUUUUGUGAUUAGACACUUUUAGUCAUUGCAUCUUCUAAAAAAUUA